GAUGGGAGGCCACACUGGAAUCCAGCCCGACAUGCAGUUUCAGCCACCCCCAGGACAAACCCCCACUGGCGGUCCUGGUGGAGGUCCUGCUCCUGCCGGUGUGAGACCGCCUGGGGCACCGCAGCCGCAAACUGGGCCUAUCAUGAUUGA